AUGCUGUCAGAUAACAUGAAACAAAAGAGCGAAAAGAAACUCAUUGCUGACUUCGACGCUGUUUCAUUAUAUCCAUCAGCUAUAGCAAGACUUUAUACUUUAGAAGGAAUUCCAAAGGUUAUGAAGGAUGAGAUGCUAAGCACAGAGUAUCUCAUGAGACAUUUAUUCGAUGACGACCAAAAGGAACCCAUUGGUGAAAAGUUUAUGUCUGGCUUCUUUGUUCUCAUUAAGAUAACAGAGAUUGGAAUACAUAGACACUUUCCUUUAAUAGUUUGUGACCCUGAACUAAAUCCAGAACUUAACGUUCCCAGAAGUUCAAACACUUGCUGUUUAAUGUAUGUUGACCAUAUAACAUUACAAGACCUCAUAAAAUAUCAAGGUGUCAAAUGUGAAGUGUUGCAAGGAUACUAUUACGAUGGAAACAGAGAUAUUAGAAUAAGAGAUGAAGUAAAGAAGUUGUUUGAGUUAAGGUUAAAGUAUAAGAAAGAAGGAAAUCCUUUGCAAGAAAAUAUAAAGCUCAUUCUGAACAGUAUUUAUGGCAAAACUAUUCUAUCUCCUAUUGAGUCAAAAAUAACCAUAGUAGAUGACAAAGAUGCUAUAAGAUAUGCCAUCAGAAACUACAACCAUAUAGUGAAGUUCGAAGGUUUGGAUGGUUCAGAUAAAACUAUUUUCAAGCUAACGAAAAGCAUUUGCAGACACUUUAACUUCUGUCCACUUGGUGUUAACAUUCUGUCUAUGUCGAAGAGAAUAAUGUGUGAAGUAUUCUGUACUGCUGAGGACUUAGGAAUGGACAUCUUUUAUAGCGAUACGGACAGUAUGCAUCUCUACAAUGAAGAUAUCCCUCGUUUAGAUGAAGAGUUUGAGAAACGUUAUGGAAGAGUUCUCAUUGGUAAAAACCUUGGUCAAUUUCAUAGCGACUUUGCAGAAAUCACAAAAGAUAAACAAAGUUUAGCAUACAA